CCUAUAAUACUCUAGAUUUAUUUGAACACCGUAUUUACUAAUAAAUUGUACAAUAAUGCAUAUUCCCUAGAAAUAUAAAUCGUUUAUGGAAAACUCAAUAUCAACGUAAAGUCAAUUGAAAUUUAAAAACAAAGAAAGUACAACCAGUUUUUUAUGGAAAUUAAAUCUUGAAUAUAAAAAUGGAGAUAUAGUGAUACAAAAAAUAUUUAUAAAACAAUAUUUAAGGAAGUUGCUAAAGAAUUUAAGAAAAUGUACCUGUCGUUUGAUUGAAAUUUGAAAAAUAAUACUUAUACGUACCCAUGUUAUACUGCGAUUGAUACCUUUUUUAUUUUUAUUGGAAGAACCGUAAAAAGAAAGCAAAAAUAACAGAAUAAAAUAAAAAUAUAAGUAGACUUUAACUAGAAAAAUAAAUGGAAUUUUUUUAACCAGCAACGUAUAGAAAGUAUCAAUAACUUUACAAAAUUGGGAAUUAGAUAAAUAUGAUUUUUGUAUAUUAAUGGCCAGUUAAUAAAUAUCUGUACCGUCCACAACAUUUACCUGCAACCAGCAAAAAACAACGUAACAUUUACCACCAGUAUAUAUGGUGCUUUUAAACAAAAAGUCCCUCUUCCCCUCAACAACACAUCACUAAAAACUAAAACUAAUAAAUAUACAUAGUUGGAAACUAUGCAACAAAAGGAUCUUAAUUUUUCAACAACACAUUUACAACACAACAAUUAAUUAAUAUACAAAUAAAUUGCCAGAAACAAAUUUUGCAAAGAGAUACUUUCUCCCCUUAAAAAAAAGUACCACUUUGAAGUGGUUUUAUAUAAACAAGAAAAAAAGCAUUUCUGCAGUAUUUAAGAACUGUAAAGGAAAAUUUGAAAUAAUUUUUGUAUAACAAAAAUUUACAAUUAGUUAUUUAACUAUAAAUUACUGGAUAACAAUUGCUUGACAAAAUUGUUUAAAAUUAAAAUAUUGCCAACAUGGGUCGAAAGAAAAUUCAGAUAUCACGCAUCACAGAUGAACGAAAUCGACAGGUGACAUUCAAUAAACGUAAAUUUGGUGUUAUGAAAAAGGCCUAUGAAUUGUCGGUGUUAUGUGACUGUGAAAUUGCCUUGAUCAUCUUUUCGUCCAGCAAUAAAUUAUAUCAAUAUGCCAGUACCGAUAUGGAUAAAGUAUUACUCAAAUAUACAGAAUACAAUGAACCCCACGAAUCAUUAACUAAUAAAAAUAUAAUUGAGAUUUUAUCUUGUCCAUUUCAGAAGGAGAACAAAAACGGUGUCAUGUCACCCGAUUCGCCGGAACCAGAAGCCGAUUAUACCCUGACGCCCCGUACCGAAGCCAAAUACAAUAAAAUCGAUGAAGAAUUUCAAUUGAUGAUGCAUCGUACGCAGAUGGCGGGCGGCGCGACAUCAGCACGAAAUAUGACAAAUGCCAAUUAUACGUUGCCAGUAUCGGUGCCAGUGGCGGGUGCAUACGGUGAUAAUAUGCUACAGACGAGUCCACAAAUGUCCCACACAAAUAUUAGUCCACGACCAUCGAGUUCGGAAACGGAUUCAGGUGGGAUGUCAUUGAUAAUUUAUCCAUCUGGUUCAAUGUUGGAGAUGUCCAAUGGUUAUCCUCAUUCACAUUCGCCGCUUGUUGGUUCUCCCAGUCCGGGUCCAAGUCCUGGUAUAGCUCAUCAAUUAAGCCAUAAACAACAAUCGCCGGGUAGUCAAAAUGGUAGAGCUUCCAAUUUACGUGUUGUUAUACCAACGCCCUCACUUGCUCAAAAUAUGUCCACCGCAGAUGAAUUGGCAUAUGGAGAUCGUCACAAUCAAACAUCUUUAAAUACUCCUGUGAUGACAUUACAAACACCUAUACCAGCGCUACAGGGUUAUCCCUUUGUACCACAAGAUUUCUCCAUGAGCACCUCCGAUGUGAUGAGUCUGCCCACCUGGAGUACGCAUCAGGGUUUGGUACACCAGACGGGUGAAUAUUUUAGAAUAUCCCAUUUGUCGGUAUCAAAUAGUACACCACCACCUGCCACCUCACCUGUCAAUAUUAAAGUCAAAUCCGAGCCUCAAUCUCCGCCGCGUGAUCUCUCUGGUGGCCAUCAUCAGCAAAACAGCAAUGGCUCAUCUCACACCAAUACAAAUGCUGCGAAUGGCAACGGCGGCGGCGGCAAUAAUCACAACAAUUUGAGUUCUAAUAAUCUAAAUAAUUCACUGUCUAUAAGCACGCAUGGUUUGGGUGUGGGUGGCGGUGUUAUAGCAGGCUCUAGUCCUGGCGGUGCUGGUGGUGGUGGAGGCGGCGGCGGUGGUGGUGGUGCUUCAAAUUCUUCCUCGACCUCAAAUGGUUCGGCCAAUGAUCAGGCCACCAAUUUAAGUGUUUUAAAUCAUACCCAGCAACAUUUGGUCAUGGCUGGUUCAAGACCAUCGUCAACGGGCCAUUUAACACCGACGCCUGGCCUAGAUAAAUAUGAAGGUUAUCCCUAUCGGUCACAACUGGGUCAGAAUUCUAGAUUAUGGAAUUUUGGUUCUGUGACGCCAAGUAAUGUACCCUCGCCCGAUAUGCGUUUAAAUGACAUACAGAAAGCGGUUAAUCAGCAGCAACAACAACAACAGCAGCAGCAACAACAUCAGCAACAGCAGCAGCAGCAACAACAACAGCAAAUGAAUGACUAUGAUAGUCCCAAUCAGGCACAUAAACGUCCCAGAAUAUCGGGCGGCUGGACAACAUAGCCAAAUGAAAAUAGUAAUAAUAACAAAAACAUAGUAGACAAUUAUCAUCCCCAUCAGCAGUCACAACAGCAACAAUUUCAUAAUAAUAAUAACAAUAACAGCAGCAACAACAUUAAUAGCAGUACUAGUAGAAAUAAUCAUAAUAAUAACAACAACAACAUAAGUACCAGUAAUAGUAACAACAUCACAACUAGACAUCCGUCACAAUUUAGUCAAUAUCAACUGCAAUUGCCAUCAACUACUACUAAUAAAUCACAGCAAUCAAAUUCCAAUACGACAGCAAAUAAUCAGCAACAUGUUGCAGUUCAUAACUAUAUGAGUACAGCUGCCAAUAAUGCUAGUUUCAGCAGCAGCAGCAGCAAUAAUAAUACGUCACGCCACAAUAUAAAACAAUUUAUGCAAAACCACCUGAAUUUAAAUAACACCCACCAAACUCUACAACAACCACAUACAUCCACACAAGGUAAAAAUUGUUCAAACUUUUUAACAUCUACCACUGCUGCCUCAGCAGCAGCUGCAACAGCUCUAGCAGCAGGUGGAGUUGGUGCUCUACCAGCCUCUGCAAGUGCAGCAUCAACGAGUGGUGGUAAUGCUAUUGGUAUGGACACCAUGUUUAUGUAUCAGCAACAAUUGAAACAAUUUUAAAAAUCUACAAUACAACAAAACCACAAUAAUUAAGUAAUUACACAACAAGAAAACAAACAAUAUUAAAAACAAAAUAGUAUACAUAUAUUUAAAACAAAAAACCAACCCUACCCUACACACAACAAUAACAAAAAGUCAUAUAAUGUUUUAAGUUAUUUUUUUUUUCAUAUAUAAAUAUUUUUAACAGAAACUGUUAAAUUGAAUUUUAAACUACACUGGUCAUCAAAUGUAAUGAAUAUUGGUUACAAAUAAGUAAAUUUAAUUAAAUCCUAAAUAUAAUAUUUUUUUUUAUUAGUAAAAGAUUUUUACUAAAUUUGAUUUGUUAUAAAAUUUGUCUUUAAUUUUAGCGUAAUUUUUUAAUUAUUAUUAAAGUUUUUUAAAAAAAUGUUUUCAUUCUAUUUGGAUUUUUUAAUUAUUAUAUAAAAUUUAUUAUUUAAAAAUAAAUGCUUGCAUUGAAAUUUGUAAAUAAUUAAACAAAUUUUGACAGUUUGUCAUACUGUUAUUAUAAAAUUAAAAUUUUCAUUAUUAUUUCUAAUAUCUGUACAUACCCAAUAAGCAUUUUUACUGGAAUUCAAGUUGAAAGCAAGUGUAGUUCAAGCCUUGAUUCUAGUGUCAAGCAAUUGAAUUAUAAUUGUAUUACUCCUUAUAUCAAUAGCAUUUUCCAGUAAAAAGGAAACAUAAAUUCAAGCCAAAUUUUUUCAAAUUCAAGUUAAAUUCCAACAAAAGGUUCAAGAGCUUGAAUUUUUGGGGCUUUGGUGCUUUUUGGGUAGUUCUAAAACUAGUCAAAUCAAAUUAACUAUACAUAAAUUCUUUAAUAACUCAAUUAAAUUAGUGGAAAUCUCGAAUCGAAACAAUUUAAUUUCGAUGAGCGAGUGAAAGACGUGAAAUUAUUUAAAUUAUGAAAGUUAAGCCAUUGAUUUUAAGAUCUUUGUUCCAAACUUUGCAGAUUCCAAUGCAAAGAAAUUAGUUUGAAGGCCAAAUAUUCCGAAUUUGUGGAAUCUUCACGAAAUGUAUUCUGAUUUACAUCCAAAAUUGUUUGAUAAGUGGUAUUGUUCUAGUUUGGCAUUAUUAACAAUGAUUUUUGUUUGAAAUUGACACCUAUGGAAUUAGUUCUACCAAAGCCACUAUUUCUUCUUUAGAACUAUUCAAUUACUAGUUAUUUAAUCAAUGAUUAUUGCUUACAAUUGUCAGCCUUGGGACUAAAUCUACGCAAGUAUUAAGGGUUUUGUUUAUAACGGUCCAGGAACUAGUUCUCCCAUCAGUGUUUUUCAUUCGAGAUUGUCACGUUUGUAACUCCUUCUUAUAACGGUUCUUACACUAGUUCUCCCAUCAAUCUUACAUUUGAUUGUAAAAAAAUUAAAAAAUUAAACAAAUUUUGUUUUAAAUGUUUAAUUAUUUAUAUAUAAAUAUUAUUAUAUAUCUGUACAUAGUUCUAAAACUAAUUAAAAUUGGUUCACUUAAAAUUUUUUAUAAACACAAUUAAAAUGUCCUAAUUUUUGUUCAGAAAAAAAUACAUAAUCUAAAGUUUUCCUUUAUAAAAGUUUUGGUUUCCGUAGUCGGAUAUAUUUUUACCGAGUCGAAUAUUCAGUCGGACUCUAGUAUUUAGCCACAUUCGAAAGAACCUUUAUUAUCAAAACCAAAUUAAAUAUAUUCUCUUAAAAAUGCCAUCAAAGCAUUCAGCACGAAUGAAUUCAUUGUCGUAAUUCAUUAGUACUGCAAAUGUAUUGACUUUAUUUCUUUAGGAAUUCAUUCUUUAUUUUUAGGGUUAAUCAACUCUUUUUAUAACAGUUAUUGAACUAGUUCUUGCAUCAUUAUAUGCUAUGUUGGUAUGUAGCUACUAACUUGAGUGCUUUUGUUUAUAAUUGUCAAAUAUGGAAUAAGUUCUACAAAAACUUGAAAUUGUCAGUUCUAGGGAAGCGUUUAGGCUGAAUUUUUUGAACUAGUUCUGCCAUCAAUGUUUUGCAUUCGAAAUGGCCUCCCUUGGAUCACCUUUUUAUAACGGUUCUUGGACUAGUUCCUUCAUCAGUGUUUUUUAUUUGAAAUAGACAUGCUUGGAACUAGUAUCUUGAUUCAGUUAAGGAACCUUUUUUGAUAAUUCAAUUUGAUAUUGAAGACCUAAAUUUAUCGGGAAAAAAUGCAAUAAUCGAAAGGUUAACAUCUUAUAUAAAAACGUGUGGUCUAUACGUUUUUGUGGUACACUUUUAAGUAUGGUUUAAAAUGUUUUUUUCUCUAGAUAUGCACAAUAUAAAAAAUAUUUCAAAAUACUUUUCAUAAAAGUGGUAAAAAGCAUUUUAAAUAUAAUGUAAAUAUACAAUUAUAUGCAACAUUUUUAGGAUACUCGAACAUUUCAGACUUUACACCACAAAUGUUAGAAACAAAAUCAGGAAUCCUAUGGAAUACAACAUUAAGUAGCACGGAUUUUAAGGAUUUAACCCAAGUAAAAAGUAACUAAUCAUAAAAAGUAUUAGAAUCAGACAGCACUAAUUUGAACUAGUUCUAGAACUAAAGAUUUUAGAACCAGUUCUAAAAACUUUCCUAAUUAAAGUCAAUAAUUAUUUGAUUAUUAAAAAAAUAUAUUAAUUUUGUGCAAUAAAUACUUUUCCAUUUAGUUAUUUAAAUUUCAUUUGUUUUAAAUUUUCGCAAAAUUAUGAUUUUGAAAAAUAAUUUUUAUUAAAAUGUUGAACAUUUCGGUGCGUAACUUAUAACAACUAAGAAAACUAUCAAAAAAUAUUAUGAAAUCUAAACACUGUUGACCAGUGUAGUUUGAGACACAAUUUAAUUUUAAAACAUGCAUAAUACAGUGUCAUACAUACAACUUAGAAAUAAAUACAAAUAAAACAAUUUUAUAAAAGCCACAUUACUAAUAUUUAAGUUUACAGUUAGAAAAAUACAAAAAAAAAAAAUAAAAAAUUAACCCUGGUUAUUAUUCAUAAUGAAAUUUUAAUUUUAUCAAAAUAAAAAUUUCGUUAGGAAUAUGAACUUAAUGGCCUGUUUCUGAAAUCUAGUUUUAACUCUGCAAAUGUAAGAGUAUGUAGAAAAAUGUAAACUCAGUCGAACGAAAGUUUUCGAUAUAGAGGAAGGAAUCUAAUUUCUGUCGAUUUUGUCUGAUUAACUUUCGUUCCCUUAGCUUUUCUUUUGAGAUCAAGAAACAGGCCUUAAAUUUAUAAAUAAAAUAAUUAAAUUUAUUAAAAUGAAAGUCACAUACAAUGGAAGGUAAACAAAACAUGCUCUUACACAAAGUAAAAUGAGCAACAAAGAAAUUCUUAAGAGAUUCUUAAACAAUGACUUUAACCUUUCCAUUGUUAGUUUUACGAUAAUUUAAACCUACAAUUAAGUUUAUUUUUUUUUAGCAAACACAAAAUAUUUUCUUUAAAAGAAACUUAUUAUUUUGUAGUUAAUAAUACAAUACAAUAAAAAAAGAAAACAAUUUAAAAUACAUAUAAAUAACAUUUUAACAAACCUGUAAAUAUAGAUAUUUUAAAAACCAACAAAAACUUAUCAUAAAAUAAGUAAAUUUUAAAUAAAAUACGUAAAUUUAAACCAACAAAAAA